GCUCUGUCUCACAAUCUUUCUUCUUUCAUAUACCCUCGUUCAUAUACCCUCACUUAUCAUUUAUAUACCCAACACAAGCACUCACAACGGUCAGUCAGACCAUUUGUUCACUUCUUUUCUUGCUUUCAUUCCACUUCAACGAACUUGGUUCUCUCUUUUCUGUUUUUUUUCCCUCUCAUUGUUCUCAUUUGAAUUACCUUCAUUCACUUGAGUUCGUCUGAUGGUUGCACACACUAUUCUUUACUGGCUGGCAAGCCACGGUACAACUGCAACUGCAACUGACGCUGACGACAAUGAGAUCCCUUUGAACAUCUAUCUUUCCAACAUCGCCGGCUUCUUAUCAAUUAUCUGCUGGUUUAUCGUCUUUACUCCUCAAUUCUGGACCAACUACAAGCGCAAGUCAGGAGAGUCACUCUCUCUUGUAUUCCUCUACAUUUGGUUGGCUGGUGACAUUAUGAACUUGAUCGGUGCAACCAUGGACAAUCUGCUGCUUACGAUGCGUGUUCUCGCUUGGUACUACACAAUCUCAGAUAUUGCUUUGAUCAGUCAGGUUUUCUACUACCGUAGGACUUCUGUCAAAGGAAGCUUUGAGUCUGUUAUUACUCAUGCUAAUUCUGAAAGCCUCAAUAUGUCACAUGAACACACGCCUCUUAUUGGAAGUGGAAACGGGAUUGGAGGAGGAUCAACCACAAACUAUUCAAGUAUUUCUCCUUCAGAACAUGUCCAUGAAAAUGAACAUGAUCGUAUGAUUCAUCAAGCAGCCAUGGCUGCUAAUACCGCUGCAUCUCACUACAAUGAAAGUCAUGAUCAUACAGCUAACGGCCAUCAUCACCAGCAGCAUCUUCGACGUCGUUCCUCAACCCAUUCAACUUUAACCAAUGGUUCUGGAAAACUUCGAUCCAAAGCAGUAAAGCGUCGAAAAAUGAUCCGCAGGGCCAUCAUAAUCCUAUUCCCCCUUGUACUAUUAGCACUCCUCAUUUGGUUGUAUCAUGAUUGGCUGCAGUGCACUCUCGGUGAUGAGGACGGAGAUGGAUCUCACUGUGGACGUGGUCAUAAUGGUGGACAUGGCAAACUUCCUCCUUCCCAUCCUCCAAAGGAGAAUAACGGUGAUCCCAUAUCGUUCGUAACGAUCAACAACAACAUCGACGGUGGUCAUGAUGAAGAAGGACAUGAAAAAACGCUCUUCCAGAUCUGGGUUCCUCUGUUGUUGGGUUGGGGAAGUGCAUUGUUAUACCUUGGAUCACGUAUUCCUCAGAUUUACAAGAACUGGCGUCUAAAGUCGUGUGAGGGAUUGUCGAUUAUGAUGUUUGUGUUCUCAGUCUUUGGCAAUGUCUUGUAUGUGGCGUCCAUCUUCUUGUUCUCAAUCGAGCUUGAUUACUUGAUCAGGAACCUGCCCUGGGUUCUGGGCUCGGGCGGUACGUUAGUCUUUGAUUUUACAAUCUUCUUCCAAUUCUACAAGUACCGUCACAAUACUCCAUUGAGUGAGGCUCUUAAGGAAGCUGCUGCAACAGGCGAGUUGGAUGAAAAUGCUCUGGCAGCAGCGGCGGAGGAAGAUGAGGCCGAUAAUACGACCGAAGACGAUGAAUCCAACAAUACAACCGCAUCAAGUACACUAAACAAAAACAAGCAAAGGACCGCCACUGCAUUGAAUGGCUCAAAUGUUUAGAUUUUUUUUUUUUUCUUAUUUCUUAUUUUAUCUCUUUUCUCUUGUUCGUUUGCAUUUUUUUUUACAUCUUAUAUUCAGCUCUGCACACAUGUAACAGUACAAUAAAAAU